AUGUCCGCAGUCAAGUCAGAGAACAACGAGUGGUCUCCCCAGACCGUACUCCAAUCAACCUACUCGUUUUUUUCUGAAACCCCUCCGUCGCUCAUGUUGGAGAACCGAGAGCCUUCACACAAUACUUCUUCAGUCCUAGCCGGCGAGGUGGGAGACGUGAGGCCCUGCAACCGAGCAAUCAAUCUCGGAUUACCACCUCUUCGCAUGACCAGCAACACUGCUCAGAACAACUAUCUUCGCGAUGCCAGACUGGCCGAUUAUUUCUCGCCACAUCCACGCGGUGGACAGCCUCCUGCCUACCAUGCUAUGAACGGACAAGAGCAAACUCGCAACCCGUCGGUGCCUCAGCAUAACUCCCAGAACACGUCUCAGAAAAUGGCUCCAGAGAUGAUCGGUCUCAAGAAGAACCUCAGCACCUUCAACCAAAACGCCAACAACUUCGCGAUCGUCCAGGCACACCUGUUCAACUCAUUGAACGCACGCCUCGUCAAAGCUGAAUAUGAGCGCGACUGUCUCCGGGCAGCCCUCUCUCAGUACCAACACCAGCAGCCCGGCAGUCGUAUGAGCACACCACAAACUGCUCCUGAGUUUGGCAGUCGCAUGGCUACACCACAAACCGCCCCAGAAUUUGGCCAUGCAUCUCUCUUCCGCGACGAUGGCGAAGACGCACAAAUAUCCAGUCCCACCAACACUCCAUGCAAGUCACCCCAAAAGCCCAAGCACUUCUACAGCAGUCCCAUCCAACACAACACCAGCUCCACCCCCUUCGGCUCCAAGCUCACCGGCAAUAAGAACCAAAAGAAGCAACAAACCAAAGCCCGCAAAGACCUGAAAAUCAAAGUCCCCGGUCAACUCACUGUGGGCAACCUGACCACAGGUCACCACCACCACCACUCCACUACCGCCAGCACGACAACCACGACAACCCUCACCUCCCCCCUAACCCCGGGUCGUAUCGGUCCCCCAAUCCCACACCCACCCCGCCCCACAACCAUAAUCUCCAAGCGCAAAAUCCACAACCUGGAAAAACUGCUUCCCCCAGCCACGGCCCUAAUCCCGCUCAUGCCCCUAACCGACACCGAGAUAAUCGUGUACUUCUUCCAAUCCCUCGCACGCCCCAUCGUCUCUCUGCGACUCUACGCGCGAAACUGGGGUCCCUCCAACAUCUGCGACACGCUGAACGCGCACCGCGCCAUCCAAGGCGGAUACCUGCGCAACACGGCGAGCGUAAAGUGCACCACCGCCAUUAAGCGCGGUAAGGAGCGAUUUGGAGAAGCGUGGGCGGAUGAGUUGCGCGAUGUUUUUGCAAAUGCGGAUGAUAUCCACGCGACGGAUUUGAUGCAGUUGAGUGAGGAGGAGAAGGCUCAAGCGGCGGAUUUCAGAGUCAGGGAUUUGAGCAGGGAGUUGAAGAUGCAUCCGAGGGGUGGGGUGGAUGGAGGCGUCUUUACCGAGUGUGUAAAGUGGUGUGUGGAGAGGAGGGCCGGGUAUACGUUGGGGAAUGUGCAUGAGUUGGCGUUGGCGUUGAGGAGGGGGGAGGAGCCGGAUUUGAGGGAGGAGAGUGAGGAGGAGGAAAGUGGUAAGGAU